AUGUUUGCUGGAGUGAAGAGUUUCACACGGAUACUGGUUGGAGUGAAGGGAUUCAUGUGGAUACUGGCUGGAGUGAGGAGAUUCACGUGGAUACCUGCUGGAGUGAAGGGAUUCACGUGUAUACUGGCAGGAGUGAAGGGAUUCACGUGUAUAUUGGGUGGACUUAAGGAACUUAUGUGGAUACUGGCUGGAGUGAAGGGAUUGUGGAUACUGGCUGAAGGGCCCAAGUCAUCGUUUAUCACUGAUGAGAAACGAGCCAGACUGAAAAGCAAUCCAGUCAAAGUACGGUUUGCUGAGGAAGUGAUUGUCAAUGGCCAUACACAGGGUAACUCACUUUUGUUUAUGCCUAAUGUUCUCAAAGUAUAUUUGGAAAAUGGACAAACUAAAGCCUUUAGAUAUGAUAAAAAUACAACUGUGAAGGAUAUCAUUCUUACCUUGAAAUCAAAGUUGUCGAUCUGCUGCAUUGAAUACUUUGCAUUAGCUUUGAAGGAGCGGUACAGUGUGACUAAAGUUUACCUUUUACACGACGAUGAGGUGAUUGAACAGGUUGUACAGAAACGUGAACCCCAUGACUAUAAAUGUCUCUUCAGAGUGUGUUUCCUGCCUAGGGAUCCUCUUGUGGUUUUACAAGAUGAUCCAGUUACCUUUGAUUACCUCUACUUGCAGAGCUGCAACGACGUGCUGCAGGAAAAGUUUGCUGUGGAGAUGAAAUGCAGCACUGCAAUCCGCCUGGCAGCGCUGCAGAUUCAGGAAUGCAUCCUCAGCUCCAAGCAGUCGCAGAAAAUCUCCAUGAAGUACAUUGAGAAGGAUUGGGGAAUUGAGAAUUUUGUCUCACCAACUAUACUUCACAACAUGAAGGAAAAGGAUGUUCGAAAGGCAAUUAAUUAUCACUUGAAGAACAACCAAAGCUUGAUCCCACCAGGACAAAAGCAUUUGAUAUCACCAACUCAGCUCCGGCUGAACUAUCUAAACAUGCUGAGUAACCUUCGAACUUACGGAGGGAAAACUUUUCAUGCAACGCUGAUGUUGCAGGACAGAGAAUCAUUUAUUACAUUGCUGGUAGGAGCAAAGUAUGGUAUCAGCCAGAUAAUUAACAGCAAGCUCAACAUUAUGAACCAGUUAACAAACUUCAACAAUAUCAGGAAGCUGGAGUUGACCUUUGAAUGUGACAGGAUCAGCAUGGUAAACAUCUACCUAGAGGAUAUGAAGUCCUUGUCGUUGUUACUGGAAUCUCACCAUGCUAAAGACCUUGUGUGUUCCAUCGCUGGGUAUUAUAAGCUCUAUGUGAACUCCAGAGACUCCAUUUUUACUUGGCCUGGCAAUGAUCAAGCUCAGCUUCCUAAUACAGAGGAAGGUGAUGAGGCCCGCGGGUUAAGUGACUCAGAGUCAUUGUCGGAUAUGGACUCAUCGGUAGAAAUGUCUGUCCACAGACUGAGAAAUGGGUUCAUUCAGCCACUGACUGAGGCAGAUGAAGAUGACAAGAACUCUGAAAAUGAGGCAACAGACAGUGACUAUAUGCAGGAGGAUAUCCUGGAAGAGACUAGUUGCAGUACAGGGGAUGUAUCAGACUUUAAUGAUGAAAUAAGUCAGGGAGGUGACACUUGUGAAAGAAGCUGUUCUGCUGACUCACUGGAAGAACUGCAGAUGGAGACUUCAAUGAGCAGCCUGUCAGGUCUGCACUCAUAUGAUGACUCCUCCGAAGAGGAUGACAAAAAUUCUGCCGCUGAGGAGAGUGAAGGUGAGCCAUCCACAAGCAAGCAGACAAUGGAAUCUGAAAUCAGGGUUCCUCAGCUUUCAACAGAAUCGCCAAUCUCCACCCAGCCCUUCGCAGAGUACAGCAACAGUGCUAUGAAGGAACUGGUGACUUGCCACUCACCUGACCUCAGUCUAAGCACACAUCAUUCUGCUGCAGAAACCUGGAACCAGCAUGCCGAAGUUGUGGAUGGGAGUGAUACACAAGGGAGCAUAGCUUGUGCUUUGAUCCAGUACAGUAUGGUGACCGAGUUACCACCUAUUCCUUCCCCAGUGGAGUCAACUGAUGAUGGGGAUGCAUCUGGUGAGUUUCUAAUCAUCCCUAUUCUGGACCCUCCCCUUGGCUUUCGAGACAGCAGUUCUGAGGAUGAAUUUUUUGAUGCAGCUGAAAGAUUUACUACAUUUGAGACCCCAGAUGAUGCAAAAAUCACUGAAGCUGGAGCAGAUUUGGAGUCCGCCUGUAUGAAGAGGAUUGAGGAGAAAUGGAAUGUGCAGACAAGCCCCAGCCGUUAUGAGAUUACAAAAGAUACUGAGCAUAUGGACAGCAGUAAAGAUAAAAGUCAAGAAGCAAAACCUGUAAUAAAUUCAAAAGAACGCUUUACACCCAAGGAUGCUUUUGAUGUAAAACCUUAUCUAUCCCACUGUUAUUCAAAGAAAGCCGAAGAUUACAAGUAUUAUUAUGACAGGGAAAAUCUUAUAUCAAGAAAACAACAAUUGUCAGCUUUCUCUUCUGUGGUCAAUAAUGAGACCGAAUCUGCCUUAUUGGAACCUGAACUAAUCAGUCCAUUAAAGUCCAUCUCUGUCUGCAUCAAUAAAAAGGCUGCACCUAACCUAAUGGAAAUGGAGCCUGAUACAAUGGAAAUCAAAUCAGUUACAGAAGCAAUUACAGUUAUUACUCCAGUUUCAGCUAUGCGUUAUCCGUGUGACUCAGGCUCUAAAAUGGGCAAUCCUCCAUUAAUAGAUGGCUUGGAACAAGAUGAAAGCGUAAGUAAAUCUUUUAUUGAUGUGGAGCCACCCCGAUCAGCUUGUUCGAAGACUGAAAGAAGUUCCGGUCUUUCAGAAGUAAUUCUGGAGCUUGGGCAACUGUGCUUAGAGAAUCCAAUAGAAGACACUGCAGUGACUCAGGAGUCUUCAGCAGUGCACAGUGUAUGUCCAUCUGCCAAACUCAACAAUCUCAGUCGGCAAGAAGAAGAGGAGUUAGGUCUUAAUGUUGACUCUGAAAAGUUAGCUAUUCUUACAACUGAUACAACUAAACAGCUUUCAACAAGUGGAAAGGAAGCUUGUAGCUGCCAGAUGGUAUAUGGGAAUUGUUUCCGAGCUUUGGGCAUUGAUGCUAAUGAUGAACACAAAGAACUAGAAAGUCUCACACGGCCACUUUCACCAAAGACCACUCCACCUGCUUCAGGAAGCCCCUUGCCUCAAGGCCUUGCUACGUUUAAUAAACAGGGUGAAGAAACCAUUGCUGCCAAGUGUUAUUUUGGUAUUCUUGAUGCUGUGAAGGAUGGAAAUCUGGUCCUACCACUGUUCAAAGAUAAAAGGUACAACAUGCCAAAUGGAUUCAGGUUGGUGCAAAAUGAUGUUGUGGAGUUACUCAACGUUCUGAAGGAAUGUCCCAGAGAAAGCCACACAGAGGAAGAUUGUACAGCACUUACUUCAGUAGCCAGGCAAAAACUCGACAGGGAGUGCAGAAAGUUGAUGUCUGCCUGUCAAAAGAGCGUGAAAGUAAACCAAACUCCUGAUGAGAUGAUCCUUGGGGUUUCAGAAAGUUUCCAAGCCCUCUCACAACUAUCUGAGACAUGCUUCCAACUUACAACAUGCCUGAGAUGUGCUAAGGACCAUGCAGAAGUGGCCAGUACCUUGAGAAAGGUUGUCAUGACUUACAAAAUCUUUGUGCAAGCCUCUGAGAAUGCAUGUGGCAAAAUGUCAGAUGACUUAAGCAUGAAACUUUUAGCAGAGCAGUGUGCGUCUCUAUUUACAGAUAUUUUCUGUCUGAAUCAGUUGUUCACAAGUAUUUCACCAUCACAAUAG